CCUGGCAGGUAGUAAUAGUAAUAGACUAAAAUAGUAGGGUGCUUCAUUUUGAUAAAAUCAGAUUCCGUGAUAAAAUGGUGAUAAAAUGGACAGGAAAAGUAUCCACCGCCUUAAUAAACACCACCCCCCACCAAAUUUGGCCACUUUUUAAAGAUUUCUUCAACAUUCACAAAUAUUUCCCUACUCUUUCUAAUUCCUAUGGUGUCCAUGGUAUUAAUGGUGAGGUUGGUUGUAUCAGAUUAUGCCUUGGCUCUUCUAUCCCGUCAACAGAAAGUCGUGAUACAAAGAUCAACAGUGGAGAAGUGGUUAGCUGGUGUAAGGAGAGACUUAUAGCCGUUGAUGAGGUGAAUAUGAGUUUAAGUUAUGAGAUUGUAGACUCAAAUAUUGGAUUUAAUUCAUAUGUAUCAACGGUUAGGAUUAACCAAAGUGGUGAUGAUCAGAAAGAUGAAGGGUGUAUGAUUGAGUGGAAUUUUAGCGUUGAUCCUGUUGAAGGGCUGAGAUUUGAGGAUUUGAUGGAAAAGUAUGAGGUUGGGUUGCAGCGUAUGGUUAAAGCAAUGGAGGAUUCUCUUGGAAAAUAACGUACUCGCUCUCUCCUAAAGUGCAAUAAUGUAACUUUGGAUAAAGAUUAACAAAUGAUUUUGUGUUUAAAUCGUGUAAAUGUAGAUGAAAAUAAAAGAAAAUGAAACAAUGAUUUUCUAAAAUUAAAUUAGACUGUAUGUAACUUUAUUUGUGCUUAAAGUCUAUGUAUUUUAAUUUCUUUCCGUUUAUUAAUUUAUAUUUGAAGUUGAGAAAGUUUUGUAUGGACUUAAUAGAUACUCUCUUCGUUUCAUUUCCUUAUUUGGUAAAGUCUUUUUAGUUGUCCCAUUUCUAUUUUUGUUAAUUUUGUUUUACCUAAAUACUCUUAGUUCACAUACGUAAUUACGAAUAUACCCCCAUAUACCUUA